AGAAGUUUUGCAGAAGAACUCAACGGCCAGUCAGUCGCACUGUGUCUGUUGACGUAUAAUAUUGGCUGCGGUUGAAAGCGGGUUGUGAAUGUUUACAUGACAACGCGAGUCUGAACGUUUGCAAUGUUGGUUGUGUUUAUGAAGAUUCUACAGUGUAUCAGUAAAGGAAUUUCAAUUAAAUAAAUAUAUAAUUUUGUGCACGUACAGAGCUUUUAGUGUGUCACGAUCGUUCUAAGGCAGCAAUUUAUUGCAGAACCAAAAUUGGCAUUAAUAACAAAUUUCAAAUAUCUUCAUAUAUCACUUCGAUUUGAACAACGUUUCCAAAAUAUACAAUAAAUACCAACAACGUUAACUGCUUACGAUAAUUAACAAAAUACACAAAAUUAGUGGCAAACAUAAAUAAAUAAGCUCAAAUCCCACGCAAACCGUAGCGUAUAGCCAACGGCAGAAGUAGCAACAACACCAAUAACUGGCGUCUAUCCAAGGGACACUAGAUCGAUCACACGCUGAAAUCAGAUUGAAGCAUUACAUUGUAAAGUUCUACGUCCAAGCUAGCCAUGGAAAGGGGAUUGCACGAACGCGAUCGUGUGGGUGUCCAAGACUUUGUGUUGCUUGAAGAUUUCGAGAAUGAAGAAGCUUUCAUCGAUAAUCUACGAAAGAGAUUCCAAGAAAAUAUAAUCUAUACUUAUAUUGGUCCGGUAUUGAUAUCUGUCAAUCCUUAUAAAAAUUUGGACAUUUAUUCUGAGAAUCAUAUCAAGGAAUAUAGAAAUAAACACUUUUUCGAAAUUCCACCCCAUAUAUUUGCCAUCACCGAUAAUGCCUUCCGAUCACUGAUUGAGGAAAAUCAGGGACAAUGUGUUCUUAUAUCAGGCGAGAGUGGCUCUGGGAAAACAGAAGCCUCCAAAAAGGUCUUAGAAUAUAUCGCAGCAUGCUCCGGUCAUCAGACUACUGUUGAGGGAGUUAAAGAUAAGCUUUUAAAAAGUAAUCCGGUUCUUGAAGCUUUUGGUAACGCAAAAACAAAUCGUAAUGAAAACUCCUCACGCUUCGGUAAAUAUAUGGACGUUCAAUUUGAUUUCACGGGCACUCCAAUCGGCGGUAACAUUCUGAAUUAUUUGUUGGAAAAAUCCCGAGUUGUCAGUCAAAACUCAGGGGAAAGAAACUUCCAUAUUUUUUAUCAACUGCUCGCUGGAGAGAGUGACGAUAAAUUACAAUCACUGAAUUUAACUCGCAAUCUGAACAACUACGUCUAUUUAAGCGAUGGGCAAAGGGGAUCUGUCAGCAACAUUAACGAUGCUGAAAAUUUUAGAACUGUGAAACAGGCAAUGACCAUCAUUGAUUUUUCGGCUGAUGAACAAAACGAAAUCUUCAGCAUAAUUGCAAGUGUUCUACACUUAGGAAAUAUUAAUUUUACCGAAGAUGGUGGAAACUCUAAGGUGUUAGAGGUAGACACAGUGGCUUCUGCGUCCAAAUUGCUCGGAGUUAAUACUGAUGAGCUUACUGCCGCACUUACAAAUCGCACAAUUGAUGCACGUGGUGAUGUCGUUACUUCCCCAUUGAGCCGUGAUAUGGCCAUAUAUGCGCGCGAUGCCUUAGCAAAAGCGGUAUAUGAUCGUUUAUUCUCUUGGUUAGUGACUCGUCUUAAUAUUUCGCUACAAGCAAAGGAUUUGCAUGGAGCACGUAACAAUGUCAUGGGCAUUUUAGACAUUUACGGUUUUGAAAUAUUCCAAAAGAACAAUUUCGAACAGUUUUGUAUUAAUUUCUGUAAUGAGAAAUUACAGCAAUUAUUUAUUGAACUCACACUUAAGUCUGAGCAAGACGAAUAUCGUCGUGAGGGUAUCGAAUGGGUUCCUGUAGAGUACUUUGACAACAAAGUUAUCUGUAAUUUGAUUGAAGAGAAAUUCAAAGGAAUCAUUUCCAUAUUGGAUGAGGAAUGCUUGCGUCCUGGUGAUGCCACAGAUAUUACAUUUUUGGAGAAAUUAACUCACCAACUUUCUGAUCAUCCACAUUACAUAUGUCAUGAAAAAUCAUCAACUCAAAUUCAAAAAACAAUGGGUCGUAAUGAAUUCCGCUUGGUACACUAUGCGGGCGAAGUAACUUACAAUGUCAAUGGAUUUCUUGAUAAGAACAACGAUUUGCUUUUUAGAGAUUUAAAGGAAACCAUGAGUAAAGCCAGUAAUAGUAUUGUGCGCAUAUGCUUCCCGGAACUUGAGUAUAAGAGCAAAAAACGUCCAGAAACAGCGGUUACACAGUUUAAAUCCUCAUUAAAUAACUUAAUGGACAUAUUAAUGUGCAAAGAACCUUCCUACAUAAGAUGUAUAAAGCCAAAUGAUCUUCAGAGUCCAGGUGCAUUUAAUAAUGACUUGGUACUACAUCAAGUUAAAUACUUAGGCUUAAUGGAAAAUUUGCGAGUACGACGAGCUGGGUUUGCUUAUAGAAGAACUUACGAAAUGUUUUUGAACCGCUAUAAAUGCUUGAGUAAAAGUACAUGGCCAAAUUACAAUGGAUCAGCUAAAAGUGGUGUCAAAAUUUUGGUUAAGGAACUUAAUUAUGGUCCAGAAGACUACCGUAUUGGAGAAACAAAAUUAUUCAUUCGUUUUCCAAAAACCUUAUUUGAUACCGAAGAUGCUUUUCAACUUAAAAAACAUGAUAUCGCUGCCAUUCUUCAGGCACACUGGAGGGGACGUGUGCAACGCAAGAAAUACGUUAAGCUGCGCCAGCAAGUUAUCGUCUUGCAGUCGUAUUGUCGUCGUCAUUUGGCUCAACAAGCAAUCAAAAGAAAACGCGAGGCCGUUGAAAAAGUUCGAGCUUUCAUUAAAGGUUUUAUCACUCGAAAUGAUCCCCCAAAUGGAUACAACGAAGCAUUUAUUGCCAAUUGUAAACGCAUGUGGCUCUUACGACUAUCCAAAGAAUUGCCUACGAAAGUGCUUGACAAGAGCUGGCCGUCAGCCCCAAAACACUGUCAAGAAGCAUCAACUUAUUUACAUCGCCUACAGCGUUUGCAUUUAGCUCGAGUUUACCGAUUGAAAUUAAGUGCGGAGAGAAAACGUCAGAUGGAACUCAAAGUACUUGCAGAAAAAGUUUUCAAGGACAAAAAAAAUAAUUAUCCUGGAAGUAUCGGUCAACUAUUCCAAAAUGAUCGCAUCCCCAAAGAGCAUGCAACCCAAAUUAACAACUUUGUGGCAACUGCAUUUGGAAGUGAGCGCCUCGCUUACUCCUCAACAUGUGUCAAAUAUGAUCGUCAUGGUUACAAGUCCAGGGAUCGUUUUGUCUUAUUAAGCACUAAAGCCCUUUAUGUGUUGGAUGGCAAAACGUACAAGCAAAAACAUCGUCUGCCUUUGGACAAAAUUGAUUUUGUCCUAACUAAUCACAGUGACGACUUAAUGGUUAUACGUAUUCCGCUUGACCUUAAAAAAGACAAGGGCGAUUUGAUAUUGGUUAUUCCAUAUAUCAUCGAAUUUUCCACCUAUAUAAUCGAUACUGUUGGUACUGCAAAUAUUAUCAGUAUCGUUAGUCGUGACUCAUUGGAACACAAUGUUGUCAAGGGGAAGUCCGGUGUUAUCGAUAUUCAAACAGGCGCGCAACCAGGUAUCGUACGUGAUAAGAGUGGUCAUCUUGUUGUUAUUGCUGGACAAUAAAUCAAUUGUUUGAAUAUUCAGACACGCAAAUAUGUAAAUUAAAAUAAAGUAUAUAAAGAAGAGAGAGCUUUAAAAGUACCACUGUGUUAAAAUUGAACAAUUGUCAGCUUUGAAGUGUAAAUUAUAACCUUUAUUCAAUCAAAUCAAAGCCCUAAAAUACCAAAUAUAAUGACUAUAAUAAAUAAGCGCUAGAUAUAACAUG